UAGCGGCCUCUAAGGGUGACAGUUGGUUUAAAAAAAAAAAAAAAACAGCAUAGUGAAUGAAUUUGAGGGUAUCUCCUCCUCCUCCUCUGGCGUCACGUUCACUCCUCUACAAAAGCUACAUGGAGACAGUGAAGCAGCCAGGCACGAACAGCGGCGGUUGUCCUGGGUGUUGGCGAAAUGAGGGCUUUCGGGUUGGGUUUGAGGUCCGCGAGCAGCCUGGUUGCCCGGCAACAGUUCCGGAGGGCGAUGUGCGCUUCCGCAUCGCCCACUAGGAAGUCCGAGCCAGGCUUUGGUUUGCUGUUCGACAUCGAUGGGGUUUUGGUGCGGGGAAAGAUGCCCAUCCCAGCAGCCAAGAAGGCUUUUCAAAAGCUGGUGGACUCUAACGGUCAGUUCAUCGUUCCUGUGGUUUUUGUCACAAAUGCUGGGAACUGUCUGCGGCAAACGAAAGCUGAUCAGCUGUCUCACGUACUGGGAGUUCCUAUAUCUCAAGAUCAAGUCAUGAUGUCUCAUAGUCCUCUGAGAAUGUUCAGGAAAUAUCACGACAAGUGUGUACUGGUAUCAGGCCAAGGCCCAGUGCUGGACAUUGCCAAACACUUGGGCUUUACCAAAAUGGUCAGUAUUGAUAUGGUAAGAGAAUCCUUCCCCCUGCUGGACAUGGUGGACCAUAACCGACGACCAAAAUUGCGGUUCCGUUGGUGGAAAUGGCGAAAGCCAAACUACGAAGAAAAAAUAUCAGAAAAUCACCAAGAUAAAGUUCGGAUCGCCCGUCGCGAUGGUGGCCAGGGACGAAUGGCGGACUAUUUUGGACGGCAGCAAAACAACCCUAUAUCUGACAAGUCCUCUCCUAUUGUGAACCUCCCUAAAGUUGAAGCUGUGAUCCUCUUUGGAGAGCCAGUUAGAUGGGAGACCAACCUGCAGCUAAUUAUCGAUGUUUUACUGACUGGUGGGAAUCUGAGUAAUGUGUAUGAAACAUCCCACUCCUCCCACCUGCCUCUCUUAGCAUGUAACAUGGACCUCAUGUGGAUGGCAGAAGCCCAGGCUCCAAGAUUUGGUCACGGCACAUUCAUGGUGUGCCUGGAGAACAUCUACAAGAAAAUCACAGGCCGGGAGCUGAAGUAUGAAGCACUGAUGGGGAAGCCCAGUGAGCUGACAUAUCAUUAUGCUGAGUAUCUGAUCAGAACACAGGCUGCAGAGAGAGGCUGGAGAUCGCCAAUCACCUCGCUCUACGCUGUUGGUGACAACCUUAUGACGGACAUCUAUGGUGCCAAUCUCUACAACCGCUACCUCGAGGAACGGCUGGCUAGGAAACGCGGCAAAGCCGUGCAGCAAGCUGUGACUGGCACAGGAACAUCUGUCUCUCAGGACGAGGAAACAGACAACGACUGGGAGAGCGAGUUGGCCUCUCCUUCUGCCACAUCCUGCAAGUCCAUCCUGGUGUGUACAGGCGUAUAUAACCCGCACACAGAGCUGCUCAAAGACACAAACCAAUGCAUCAAAGAGACUGCUUUCCAUGGACACCGUGACUUCCGCUUUGAGCCUGCACUGAUCGAGCCAGGAAACGUCGUUCAGGACGUUCACGCUGCUGUCGAAAUCAUUUUCGAAAUGGAAAAAUUUAUGAUCGAGGUUUAGCCACUGAAUAUAAGAAGCUUAAGCUUCUACUACUUUGCCAUUUUUGGGAACUUUCAGUAAAUAUAUCAUAGUUGACAGUGAAUAAGUCCAUAAAGCACAAUGCUGAACACACUGUGGUAUUUUAGACAUACUGUAUACCAGAAAAAUAGAGAUGAUAAUAGGUUUACAAGACUGUAAUAUCACUUCAGGAUCAUGUAAUUAGAUUUUCCUUUGGUUGUGUGUUUUUCAUCACAGUUUUCCACGUAAAUUGGUCAUUUUCCCAUUUUACAGUAUGUUACUGUAAUCUCUGGAAAAAGAUUUGUCCAAAUUUGCAGUGACAGAGGAAAAAAAUAAACAGAGGCCAACUUUAUCAUUUCUGUUACACUGCAACUCCGUUAUAACAAAUUCCUUGGGGGGCAUCCAAAUAGUUUGUUAUACCGAAAAGUUCAUAAUACUGACAUAGACCACACAUUCACUCUUGCAUAACACAAGACCAAUUGUGUUUUUAUUUUAUAUUUACACCUAAUUCACUUACAUGUUUGCGAAGUAAAGGAAAUGAGUCCCUCUUUUCUAUGUUAUAAAAAUAAUGCAAAUAUUGUAAACUUUCAGUUAGUAAAAGUACAUGUGGAGGAUGCUCUGGACUCUUGCAGUGGUGCUUUUGUGGCUGGGGAUUGCAGUUGACUUGCUGACUUUGGGACUGCGGUUGUCGUGAACGGUUUUGCGCUCGGGUUUCCGUCGGUGGGGGGUUUAUAGCAUCAACAAAGCUGACUUUGUUAGGACUGUUAAUGUUAUAGUCCUGUUGUCUGUUGUUGCCCAAAUGAGGAUGGGUUCCUCUCGAGGUUUCUUCCUCAUAUCGUCUGAGGGAGUUUUUCCUCGCCACCGUCGCCACAGCCGUGCUCAUUGGGGAUAGAGUAGGGAUAAAAUGAGCUCAUAUUUUAAGUUGUUCAAAUUCUGUAAAGCUGCUUUGUGACAGUGUUUAUUGUUAAAAGCGCUAUACAAAUAAACUUGACUUGACAUGUAGUUGCGAGAGCGUGGUCAAGCAUCAGCUGUGAACAGCGAGGAGUCAGGUUGAACCAGCGGAUAAUGUGAUGAGUUUUACCCGUGUUUAUUACUGGCUGUCUAUUAAUGUGUUUGUGUGUCUUUCAGAUGGCCAGUCACGAGAGAGAAAUCUGAGGUCAAUGAGAAAUGAAACUAAAGAUACAUAAAAAAAAAAAACCACACCUUGACCUGUCACAUCUGUCUCUCAGUUCCUCAUUGCCUCAGUAUACGAGCUGUUACAGUCCGAUACUCCUGUCCCAUCAGAUUUACUUGUUCAAGAAACUUGUAAUCUUGGACUGCUUUAAUUUUAGGCGCAUUCUCCUUAUCUUGAAUUUCUCCUUCGAAUCACUAUCGUAGUUUACUGACUGAGCUAAAGGAUCACGAACUGAGGCGAUAAUUUCGUCUGUUAUGGAAAUGACUGAGGUUGCUGGUGUAUCGUUGUCAAUGUCCACUCACUGACUUGCUAUGUUUUCUAAAUCUUCACCAAUCAGUUCAUUCAUAUAUUAUAAAUCGCUGAUUAUGUCAGCAGUCAUUUCAUCCUUUCAUCAAUCCUUUGAUUACUGUUUCCGAUAAUUAUUAGUGAUUGACACUUCAGGCAAGCUUGUUAAGCCUUUGUUUUAUGGCAUUAACACAUUGUUACCUUGACUACAGACUUGAUUGCUUAUUGUUUGACUCUGGUGGGAAGAGGUGCAAAUGACUCGGUAAUGUAUAUAUUUUUUGGAAAGACUCUGUCACUAAACGCAGGGGACAAUAACUUGGUUCAUUGUAUAUGAACUAAGUUCAUAGUAAGAGUUCGUUAUAGCAGGGUUGCAGUGUAUAACGCCUAAAAGAGCCAAAACUCAAAGCCAGGCCUUGCAUUUAUUUUGACUGUUACCUUUUAUUUUACUUUUAAAAUGUACCAAUUUUUUUUAAUCCAGUUGUUGUUUUAUUAUUAUUAUUAUUAUUUUUAUUAUUAUUACUACUACUACUACUACUACUACUAAACCAGCAUUUGUUUAAGAAAUGUCUGUUUUAAAUUUACCAUUACAAUUUAUCACGUACAUUUUUAAAAAAUCAUUUUAAGCUGGGAUUUAUAUUGAUGUACUGUUAAGCUCCCUGGGCUUUACUUUAUUUACACUUCAUUUAUUAACUUAUUGUUACAUUUCUGAACUAAUGUUUAGUCAGUUGGAAUUCCAGAUGUGCUUUGUUUGUCAACUGUCCAAGCACACCACUGCAUUUUUAUGGUCUCACUUUCUUUUACAGUGCCUUACACAACUGAGAGAAUUGUGAUAUCAUUAGUUCUGAUCUCUUGCAUAUUGUAACGGACUGAAAACUAUUAAUUAAUUUCAUUUUAUUUCUUGUACAUGAUUUUAAUCCUAAAAAUAUAGAUUCACAUCAAACCUCAAGGCAGUUGACCCAUAGAUAAAUAUUAAAGGCACACAGAACGAAAGCACUACCACUGGAACAGAACUGCAUGUGCAGUGAAUUUCUUUUCUGGUCAAAACUAUUCACGGUAUUAAGAAAAAUGAAAUGGUAAUAAACGGUAAUAAAAUGAUUUCACUCAAAGCAUAAA